AUGUCGACCCGAAAACGGAGACAAGAUGAUGUAGAAGAAGAGGAGCUUCAAGCCUUGCCAAGUGACCAGAGUGAGGAGGAAGAAGAAUACGAAGAGUCGGAAUUCGACGAAGGUGGAUCUGAGGAAGAGGAAGAAGAUGAGGGGGCCGAAGAAGGUGAACCUGAGGAGCAGCUAGAGCCCCGUCCUAAACGGCGCAGGACUGAGCCUGCCCCUCGCGGACAGGAUGAGGGAGAGGAAGAGGAGGAGGAGGAGGAGGAGGAAGAAGAAGACGAAGGACAGCCCGACCUGGAAGAGGAAGAGGAAGAAGUGGCGAUUCACAAAGAAGCAAAUGGAGAGGGCGAAGAAGACGGCGAAGGUGAAGAGGAUGGAGAAGGCGAGGAAGAAGAACCAGAGGAGCUCGAGGCUACUAAAGGUGGCACCCCUCUUGCGGCCGGAAAGGGUAUCACUGCUGUCCACGCAACCGCCCAAGUUGAGGUCGAGAGUGAGGAGGAAGAUUAA